GUAUGACCCCCUGACAAACGAGGUCAGAGCGAUAAAAACAACAGAAAAACACAUCGAAGCUUUUUAAAACAAAUAUUAUAAGUCGACAACCUCCAAGCACUUCCAUGAUGAAUCCUCUCACCUGACACACAUGGACAUCGACUUCAAGGAAAACAACAUCAUUGACAGCUUGUGUGUGAGAUUCAUCCGCAGAUCGGACACAUACAUGGCGGACGAAGGGACCCAGAGUGUAGAACAAAUGUCGCUACGUGAGCUGUAUGUCUCUGAUAAACAGGGUAGUGAUCAGGAUGGAGAUGGGACUCAACAGAAACCAUUCAAAACUGCACUGAAUGCGCUGCUAUUUGCUGGAAAAGAACCAUUCCCAACCAUCUAUGUGGAUUCUCAAAAAGAAGGAGAGCGCUGGGCUGUGAUCUCUAAAACCCAGCUGAAGAAUGUGAAAAAACUCUAUCAUAAGGAACAAAUGAAGACUGAUACAAAAGAAAAGAAAGAGGUGGAAGAUGCCGAGAGGAGAGAGAAAAAUCUAGAGGAAGCCAAGAAGAUUGUUCUUCAGAACGACCCUAACCUCCCAGAACCCAAAACGGUUAAGAUCCAUCAGCUGGAGUCUCUGAGGGAACAGAGAGUCAAAGUGUUUGGCUGGGUGCACAGGCUACGCCGUCAAGGAAAGAACCUCCUGUUCAUUGUGCUGAGAGAUGGAACAGGAUUCCUGCAGUGUGUACUCACCGAUAAACUGUGUCAGUGCUAUAAUGGACUCAUGUUGUCUACUGAAAGCACAGUGGCUCUGUAUGGAAUAGUGAAGCCGGUCCCUGAGGGAAAACAGGCUCCAGGAGGCCACGAGUUGCACUGCGAUUUCUGGGAGCUGAUCGGUCUCGCUCCAGCCGGCGGCGCCGACAAUCUGCUGAACGAGGAGUCCGACGUGGACGUUCAGCUCAACAAUAGGCACAUGAUGAUCCGUGGAGAAAACGUGUCCAAAAUCCUGCGGGUGCGCUCCACGGUCACGCACUGCUUCAGAGAGCACUUCUUCAGCCGUGGCUACUAUGAGAUCACUCCUCCCACUCUGGUGCAGACUCAGGUGGAAGGGGGCUCCACCCUCUUCAAUCUGAAUUAUUUUGGAGAGCAAGCGUACUUGACCCAGUCAUCGCAGCUUUAUCUGGAGACAUGCAUCCCAGCUCUCGGAGAUACGUUCUGCAUCGCCCAAUCGUAUCGCGCUGAGCAGUCCCGCACUCGUAGACACCUUUCUGAGUACACCCACAUUGAGGCUGAGUGUCCGUUCAUGACCUUUGAAGAUCUGCUGAACAGAUUAGAGGAUCUAGUGUGUGAUGUGGUGGAUCGAGUGCUGAAGUCCCCUGCUGCUCCGCUGCUCUACGAACUGAACCCUGACUUCAAGCCCCCCAAGAGGCCGUUUAAGAGGAUGAACUAUGCCGAUGCCAUUACAUGGCUUAAGGAGCACGACGUUAAAAAGGAUGAUGGGACCUACUACGAGUUUGGAGAGGAUAUCCCUGAAGCCCCUGAGAGGCUGAUGACCGACUCCAUCAACGAGACCAUCCUGCUGUGUCGCUUCCCAGCUGAGAUCAAAUCAUUUUACAUGCAGCGCUGUGCCGAGGACCGACGCCUCACCGAAUCGGUUGAUGUGUUGAUGCCCAACGUUGGUGAGAUCGUUGGAGGGUCGAUGCGUAUCUGGGAUGCUGAGGAGCUGUUGGAGGGCUACAAGAGAGAAGGCAUCGACCCCACUCCCUACUACUGGUACACUGACCAGAGGAAGUAUGGGACAUGUCCUCAUGGUGGAUACGGGCUCGGCCUCGAACGUUUCCUCACCUGGCUGCUCAACCGUCACCACAUUCGAGACGUGUGCCUCUACCCACGCUUCAUCCAGCGCUGCAGGCCAUGAAAGUCCUCCGAAAACAUACACACAAACACCUGCCCUGUCUGCUUUAUCUGCCUGUCCAGCACGUCGCAAGAAAACCAAACUAAACGCCUUUCUCACGUUCUGUCUGAGACACACAACAUUUAUACAUUCAUAGUUAAAGGUUUAAUCACAUUUGAAAUAUGCGAUAGUCUCAUUAUUGCCUAAUCGUGCUGUUCAGAAUAUUUGUCUGGGGUAAUAAAUGUACGAGAUGCUUCA